AUGACCGAUCCUGAUCUCAUGAUGAACAACAACACAUACUUUGAUCAGGUGCGACAUUGGCUCGUCACCGACCUCUCUACGGGCCCAGACGGUGCCUUAAAUAUCGAUCAAGGACAGGAGAUCUCGCCAUACCUUGGACCUGCACCACUGCCAAACUACCUGUACUCUCUUCCCCAUCGAUACGUCUUCAUCGUCGCGGGUGGAUCUGGUCCGAAGACGUAUAUUGCCGCGAUCUCAGGAAAGCAGGACGAAGCUCAGGAUCUGAAGGGCCGCUGGGGUUUCAACGCGCAGAAGCUCAUAGAGCAGAAGGGCUUGAAGGCGGAGGCUGCGAAUGUCAUGGGGAUGCAUGGCACGCUUGCUAGUGCGGUUACAAAUGUAGGGCUUAUGGGUCAGGCCGCGGUCAGCAAGAACCCACAGUCAUCCGAAAUUAUAUCGCUAUUCAACUCAUCUGAGAUAAAUAUGUUCUGACCCGCUCUGCUUGGAUACCUCUCACUGUAUUUAUAAAUCCUUUCUGAUACAGACUUAAAGCCAUGUCCAAGAUAUUUGUCCUGCUGCUACCAAAGUCGCUCAAACGUAACAGGACUCAUACAGGAGUUCGUGCCUUCACCAGCAAUUCAUUAAAGCGAAGUACUGCAUUCAAGGAAUUCAACGGUCACAGAGGGAAGGCUACCGUCAAGCGACGAUAAGCACUGCCAAGCUCGGUCAAGCUUUGUUCUCACCUUCCUAUUGAGGCAACGCUGGCUCCAUCCUGCCCCACUUUGGGACGGUAUAGACGAGAGAACUCGCUACUGCAUCCUAUGUAGCCGGAUACG